ACCUUACUUUCCUGGCAAAUCUGCCCUGCAGUGAGGCAGACAGAAAAUGGGGCUGGGCAUAGUAGGGGAGGGGCUGCUGGGGAAUUGGUUUGCUGUCUAUGACACUCCUGGAUGCCUUUCAGGAAGCUGCAGCACGGGGGAAUUCUUCACUGAGAAGCUGUGGGAAUGAUUUGCGGGUAGGGAGAGCAGAUGUAGCAACUGUCUAGUGGCACAUUCACAAGUAUUCAGCAGGCGGCGGAUGGUGCCCGCACACCGGGUUAUGCAGAUUAUGCAUAUGCUGCCUUUGCACCUGUCCUGUGAGCGCCUCUGGGUGAAGGUGCUCCUCGGGCAUUUAUUUGCUCAGGCCUACCUUCCCCUGCUUGUGAGGGCAUGUAAGAAGUUUAAUCGAGCCGGAGUUGAGGAGAUUAAGUGUCUGGAGCAUCUGGGUUAGAAUAGAAAGGGCAGGGGAUUUCGGGGCCAGAAUACUGGUAGCUACAGAUUCCCACCGCAGUAGUUAUAGCCGGAAGAUUUUUGGAAGGCUGGAAUGACAAAGAAGAGUGACCCUGAAAUAACUACAAAGCUUGGGGCGAUGCUCACUGAUUAACUGGGGAGUGAGAACAGAUGGUUUGUUGAUGACAGGAAUGCUAGCACUUAGGAAAGCAAGGAAGAAACUCAGGAUGGGGACCAUAUGCUCCCCCAACUCAGGAGGGACAAAGACCGAAGAAGUCUGCAAUGCCGACUGGAUGGGCUCGCUCCCCCCUCGCCUCAGCACAUUCCCCCUUUCCAAUCUGGCUAUCCCAGGGUCCCAUGAUUCUUUCAGCUACUGGGUAGAUGAAAAGUCUCCCGUGGGACCAGACCAAACUCCAGCUAUCAAGAGACUUGCCAGGAUCUCCUUUGUAAAAAAGUUGAUGAAGAAAUGGUCUGUGACACAGAACCUGACAUUCAGGGAGCAGCUAGAGGCAGGGAUUCGCUACUUUGACCUGCGUGUGUCAUCUAAGCCUGGAGACGCUGACCGGGAGAUUUACUUCAUUCACGGUCUUUUUGGCAUCAAAGUCUGGGAUGGGCUGAUGGAAAUCAACUCUUUCCUCACACAGCAUCCCAAAGAGGUUGUCUUCCUGGACUUCAACCACUUCUAUGCCAUGGAUGAUGCCCACCAUGAAUAUCUGAUUCAACGGAUCCAAGAGGCAUUUGGAACCAAGCUCUUCCCAUCUGAGAGAGUGGAGAAUGUGACCCUGAGUACUCUGUGGGAGAAAAAAUGCCAGGUUCUUAUUUUCUACCAUUCUCCCCUGUCCAUGAAAUACCCUUUCUUGUGGCCAGGGCACAGGAUUCCAGCACCAUGGGCUAACACAACAUGCGUGAGGAAACUCAUACUCUUCUUAGAAACAACUCUUGGUGAAAGAGCUCCCCAUGGAUUUUUCCAUGUCUCCCAAGCUAUUCUCACACCCAGAGUGAAGACCAUUGCUCGAGGCCUGGUUGGUGGCCUCAAGAACACCCUGGUGCACAGGAACCUUCCUGUGAUUUUGAACUGGGUGAAGACACAGAAACCUGGAGUCCUGGGUGUCAACAUCAUCACAUCCGACUUUGUUGACCUGGUGGACUUUGCUACAACUGUCAUUGAGUUGAAUAACCUCCUUCUACAAGGGGACAGAGCUCUGGCUAAAUGCUGAUUUCCUUUUUAUUUAACUUUAUAUUGAAUUUAUUGAUUCAGGGCAGGGUUUUGACAGGUGUCCCUGCCAAUGGUAGUACUCCCUGGGCAGAUUUUGGAAGUGAAUAAGAGGAGGUCCUUUUUCUUUAUUCAAAGGUCCUCUUGCAUAAUGUUGACAAUGCUUUCGAUUUCAAUUUUCCAGAUGAAGCUUUUGACAUACUGGAAAGUCCAAGGGAAAAAAAUCCCACUUUAAAUAAUCAAUGUCAGAGUUUCUUUUCACUGGAUCAUAGGAUGUAUUCAUUGGUCAGGAAUGUGGAGAUUAGGCCUCAUCAGGAUAUUUUGUGUCCAUUGCCUGGCUUCUUUCUCUUAUGUUUUUCAAGAUAUUGUGUUUGUGCCAGUAAGAGGCCUGAAGCUCAAGUGAGCAUCCCUGAUCAGAGAAACAUCAUAUCCCAAGUGUUGUCUGUCCUGGGGUAGAUAGAGCACCUACCUAGGAUUCUGAUGGGGUCCCCCCAGUCAGAAAAAGAGUUGGUAUUAGGAAGGGAGCUGGGUGAUAAAUAACCCUCUUCUAAGAGCCAGAUGGUAGGACUCAGCACGGUACGGUUAGUAAGAGGGCUGACUAUUUUAUUGCUUGCUCUGGUCACAUGCUAAUUUCCUCAGAGGCCCAGGGCCCAGGAAUUUGGAUAUCAGGUGUAUUUUAUAGUCCCAAAAUAUUACUUCCUUUCCAUUUGUUUUAAUUGCAUAUAAGAAAAAGAAAGGGAGAAGAUAAUUUUAAACUUAGGACUGAAAAUGGUUAGAUUUGCAUGCUCUCUCACCUCUCUUUUUGUUUUGUUUUGGAAUUAUUUCCCAAUGGACUUCCAGUUGAACUCUAAAUCAUUUUGGCCGAGACCUCUUUGGAGCAGUGUCUUCAAGCCAGCUACUGAGAUCACGGUCAGCUCAGGAGUACAUCUGGGAUCGGUGUCUGAAUUUUGUGACAUCAUGCCAAGAAAAUGUAUCAGGUGGCGAUGCCAUAAUAAACUGAGGCAAAAUCAUGAUUGAAAACUGCAGUGGCAUUACAUGGGCAUGUUCCAGUUGGGUUUGGAGCCAUUCCGUGAUUUUUUGGAAACAAGACUACCUCGGGGACAUUUAGGAUGGUUUGUGUGUCAUCCAAAAACAAAAUAAAACAAACCCAACACAACAAUAUUCCAUGUUAAUUUUUCAAUUUGAUCAGCUUCCUGCAAGAUAUUUGGAAUUAGGGUAACCAUCAGUGGAUGAAGGACUUUGGAACUCAAGAGAAAACUUUUAUUGAUUGACAAGAGGUGCUUACUCUGUUAAGAGAGCUCUUUUCUUGUGUUAUUUAGGUAUUUAUUUAUUUAUUUAUUUAUACACAUUGCUUCCUAGGUCAGAAGCAUUCAUGAUGGAUCUUCCAGAAUUCCUUCCUGCUUGGGACAGACAAGUUUAAUAUUUUCCCUUCAAUGACAAGAUCAUCUUUCUCAAUCCAGCUAUGUGUGAUUCUUAGUCUACUAUUGACCUUCACUCUAUGCUGCCCUUUUUCUUAUGCCAUCUAAGGACUUUGUGAAUUUGCUAGACUUUCCAGAAUCAUUCUUUUGCACCAGUACAACAGCUGAGGAGGAAAUGGAUGAUGAGAACCACCACUUCCCAUUUCAUCUUCGAAGGAAACCUUUCACGGUAAAAUGAAUGCUAAGAGGAGAAAACAGAGAAAGUUAGUAUGCAUUUCUACCCAUCUGGAACUGGUUGCUGAGUACCUUGGAGCAGCAUGGAAUACUCUAGAAAUGUAGCCUCUGGACCUUAAAGAGAAAGGAAAAACCCAGAUGCCAAAUGUAUCUGGGUUUUGGUGGGAAGGGAAGGGAACACACACACACACACACACACACACACACACACACACACACACACAUUUGCUGGACCUCUCCUUCAAUUGCUUUCUGUGUUGUCCCUUUGUUGUUGUAGCUAGAGUUUUGCAUUUGUCUGCAAUGGAAGUAUCCAGCCAACUGCUAAGAAGAUAUCUCUUUAUUCUCCAAAUUAUUUUUUUUCCUCUUGCCUUGUUAUAAAUACCACUUCUUUAGAAAAAGGGGAAGUUUUGAUCUCAACUCUAUAGACUUUGUGUAGGUCACACUUCAGUCCCUAUUGAAGGAAUCUCUUUUUUUCUUGUCUUGAAACCUUUCUUUAGAAAAAGUGGUAUCUGAAAUUAUCCUGUUAAGGAAAAAAAUAAACAAGAACAAACAAAAAGGUAUUGUUACUUGAGGGCAAGGGAGUAAUGGUACUCCCUUUCUAAAUCCUUCCUCAGUACAAAUAAAGUAGGUGAAGAGAAGGAAUAGGAAAAGUUGCAGACCCAGGUCUUCCAUCUAGUUUGGAGAAGUUGCUAGAGCUGGGCCAUAAGCCUGCCAAUUCACCCUUUUAUAACAUGGUACAAUGACAGGGAGGCUAGGGAAGGACGACUUGUUCUCCCUGUUUUAUUUAAGCCUCAGUCGCGUCAGUGCCACGGUGCUAUGGGGACAGGUGUUGCUGACAUUAAUAAGUAAAAUGCCAGUAACAUUCAAGGGCUCCUUAAUGAUCAAAGAAAUGUUUACUUGAUUUUUCCCCAUCUAUGUUUUGCUUUGUUUCAUUUUAAACAUGUCACUGAGUUUCAUUUUAAUUUUGACCAAAUAGACUUCGGGUUUUGGAGGAAUAAGAGAAAAGUUCUCAAGCAUGUUACCAAAGUACAGUAACUGGCAACUGCCCACAUGUAUAUGGCCGGGUGCUGGAGAUCAUUAUUGCCACUGUGGUUUGUCAUCCUUGUUUACAUUUGGGAAAUGUUCUGUCUUAGAGUCAGUGGGAUGGGGGAAGGGGUUGUGAUUUAUAAAUCUGCUGUAAACACUGGACCUAGAUUUGGCUGCCUCUCAGUCCCAGGAAAAGGUUAACACAGAUGUUAAAGGCUAUUUGCAUUCUGUUCCUUGACCCUGUUGCUAAGCAUCAGAGUGAGGGGAGAGGGCAGAGGGGUGGAGUGGAAAGGGACUUUGGUUUGGUUAACGACCCAUCCUGUGUCUGCCAUAAGAAAAGUGGCCCAACCACAUUACUUAUUCUUCCAAGUUGUGUGGAAUUUAAAAACCAAAACAGUACUUAUGCUUGUUCAGAGAUGAAUAUUGUUGACUCCACAAUCAGCUAAACGUUUGCUUCUGAGCCAAACAGGAACCCAGUUCCCUAAGAUCUGGGGCCACAUUUCUUUGGAGAUGUAACCUGAAUUUCCCUAGAGCUGCCCCAUCUAAGGGCAGUUGUCCUAGGUUGCCCAUCAUUGUUUACAAGAUGGACUUUUGAUCCUACUGGGGUGCUACAAUGCUUUUCAAAGCUGUCCCCAGGGUUAGGGAGAGAGAUAGGGAGAAGAUUAGAGUAAGAGGGUAGUGAAAGAAUCAAGCAUUAACAUUUAAAUUAAGUCAUCUAUCAGAGCCUCUUUGCAGAGAAUAUCUGAAAACUCUUGCAUCAGGCUUCUGAGGAAUUGUAGAGCCAUUUAGGCCAAUUCCAGGAAUUUGCAUUAAACUCAAGAAAAGCACAAGGAACCUAAUCUCAAGAAAGUCCAACUUCCUUCGUAUCAUAGAACUCUCCCCUAAUUUUCCUCUGAUCAAACUCACAUCUUCAUAUUUAAGGAGCCCACAGUUCUAUAGGAGAAAGUCUUAAUUUUUUUUUCCCCCAGGGAGCCACUAGUCCAAGCAAUUAAUAUAGUAUUCUGCAUUUUAUAAAGUCAAUGUACUAUGAUGGGGCCAAGCUAGUGAAGUAUUGUAAUGAAAUGCUGUCAUGAUAUUGUCCUUAUGUUUGCUUUAUUUGAAUCCAAUCAUUUAAAAAUUGUAGAAAAGAAUAUUAAAAUCAUACCACAGGGAGUGAGAGGGGGAGAAGAGGAUGGAGUACCAUCAAGCAUCCCCUUCAAUAUGAGAAGGUAGAAAUUCCAAUUCCAGCUAUAGCCCUUCUUUUUCAUCUUGAAUUCUUAGGAUUUCUCAAACUGGUGGAAGACUUAGAUAGAUGGACAUACCUCUAAGUUAAAAGGGCUUGGGAAAGAGAAUAAACUAGUGAAUGACGUCUCCAGUAUUGACCUUUUAGGUGUAUUCAUGCUGUCUUUUCCCACUAUGCUUCUUGCUUUGUGGAAGGGUUCAGCACUUUACAUAAUCCCUAGCAUAUAGCAGAAUAAAUGCUAGAAGACCUGGUUUGGGGUCAAGAUUUUGUCCCACAUUGUCCCUCUUCUUUUGCCACUAGAUAGUUUAAGUGCUUGAAAAUUCUCAUAUGGGAAAUAGAGGAAGAACAGGUUUCAGGGAAACCACUAAGACUUGAGUAAUUCACAGUGUUCUCAGUGUGAAAAUCAUUUGGAAACUUAGGGACUAAAUAUGUGAGUGAGGUGAAGAUUGUUCUUCAGUAGUGUUUUGGGAGAACAUUGCUGAGUCAAUACACUUCCCCUAAAUUUCUUUGAACUGUAUAGCUGACGAUAAAGCAUAUACAGGUAUAGUACUUCCACAAAGGCUGCAAAUAUCCCUCAACACCAUCCCUCUGAAUUAUUUAGAGAAAAGACUACAUGAAUUCAGAUGGACAAUCUACCAUUAAAAAUAUCUAGUCAUUCCACUAUGUGGCCAGAGUUUUGAGUCCUGGUUUAAGGUUUAAAUUAUUUUAAUUUCUUAAAAGGCCAUUUGAAAGAUCAGAGAUUGAAUUUCAUUUUUAGAUAAAUGCAGGAGAUGGCAGGUAGGACUAAUCAUUGGGUAGGGCUGAGAAUCUUCUAAGGACCAAGAUGUUAUAGUGUGUAGGUUCGAGUGUUGAGGGGAAAGAUCAUUAAUGAAACAUUUAAAAUAGUGAAUGUUGUUAUUCUAAAUUAAAAAAUAGAAGAAUAGGAGAAAAAGUAGUGAUGGAUAACAAGAAGUGAAAAGAACUGCUGAGAUUUCCUCUAUGAUAGCCCAACUUUGGCCAAUGUGGCUAACCAUCAACCAGCACUAUAAUUUCAGAGGUGACUGGCUAGGCUUUGGUCAAAUAGUGAGGCUCUGCUCCUAUUCCUACUGAGGAAUUCUUAUGUUAUCCUUCUAAUCUGGGGAUACCAGCUCUCAAGAAAAUCCAUGCCAAUCCCUCCCUUUCCUUGUUGAUCUCUCUCUUUACCCAGCUGUUGAUCUACCUCCUCCUCCCAAGCCUUCUUUGACAGAAACAAAGGGUUCUCUGUGACAGAGCCACCUGGCUAUUCAGGAGGCUGACAGGAAAUCCACCAGUGCACUGUCAGCAUGGGCAUCAGUAUCCAUAAUGGAUGCAGAAUCCUGCAAUGAGCUGCAGAACAUUUUGUGAAACCAGGAGGAGAAAACAAGCUUGGAAUAAAAAAAACAUUAGAAGACAAACUUGGUAACAUGAAACAUCUGAUGUAGCAGCAGUAUAUUUCUUUUUUUUAAAAAUGUAUUUGUCCCUUAAAAAAUUGUCUUUAUUUUCCAACAAGCUACUGAAGACUUUUUCUUUCCUCCAAGUACAUUGGGCAACACAGGAUGGAUUGGAGUAGCAUGAAGAAAAUAGGUUAGUAAAGGUAGAAAUUAGCUUGUCGCUCCACACUCAAGUAAACUUGAACAAUUCUUUUGCAGCUCCAUGAAUCAUGUCUUCAAUGUGUGGCUUCCCUAGUUUCCCUCCAGAGAAUGGCAUCACUGCACAAUGACCCUGUGAUGUUUCUGAGCCAAUCUGAACCCAAAAGAAUACAGUGUAGACCUCUCCCUCAUACUUUUCUUAUAACAAUACUAUGCUAGAAAAAACUCACUCCGGUCUAACCCACUCAAAAUUAAGUUUAAGUUGACCCUGGGUGGCCCCAUCCUAUGGUAUUUAGUGUUCAACAAUCUCUCCAAGUGAAUUUGUUCACAUGACUUUUUUACACAGUCUGCAGACCAAACUGGUCUCGAUAAGGUUCUCUUAUCUGUUGGAACCUAAUCCCUCAGUCCCUUGAUAUUAACUCCAUCACCAUAAGAGUCCUGUCUCAUCACUUUUCUAUGACACCAUGUUUUGCUCUUUUCUCUCAUCCAACUUCCACUACCUGCCAAAUGCUUUGAAUCCCAGGAGGUCAGGAAGAAGCUGUAUUAAUCAAAAAGAAGGGUAUGCACAACCUAAGCUGUAUAUGAGCACAAUUUUCUUCUGUUAGCAGCCAUGGGACCCUCAUUCUUCCUUCUUCCUCCUGUCUCUUCCCCCCAUCCCCAUUCAGUCUCCAUACCUCUACUAUACCUGGUAACAGUCCAGGACUUAGGGGGAUGGAAAGAAGGGGAAAGGUUAAUAUCUAAUUUAACCAACAGGAAUGGUUUACAAGUCUAGAUAAUGUAAGAGACAGCACUUUUAAACAAAUGGAACUUAUGUAGCUUUGUACAUUUACAAUUACUAAAGGAUUGAUAAAUGCUUCUUUCAUGGAACUACAGUUGUCAAGUGAUAGCUUAUAGGGACAGAUUGUGUUACCAGUGGUUGCUGCUAAUAUCCUCCUUACUACCUAAUAUCCUAAUAUGAAUAUACAUUGAGUAAAGUGUUAUCCAUACAUAACUUGUAUGUGUAUGUAUGCCUAUUGUCAUCUCAGUUAACCUUGCUGACCAGAUAUGAUUUAGAACAUAAACAAGCUGUAAUGGUGAAAAUAAGUGUUUAUCAUUUUUUUAAAUUGUGAAAUUAAUUGUAUAUUAUACUAGCUGUUGUAAUUUGUCUUAUAUUGGCUGUAUCACAUUAAAGUGCAUGAAGCAAAAAAAAUCUAAUAAUUAAAGGAAAAGUUUGCAUAUCUGUGCACUUUCAUGUUAAAAUGUAUUUUGUGGCUUAAUUAUACUGUAUGUCUACUUCCUUUUGUUUUUCUUCAGGAAACAGUUGUUCAAGUUUAGUUUAUUUUACUUUCACAUUUUUGACAGAAUUAUGUAAUUUAACUCUGCAUUGUUAAUCCAGAAUACCUCAGUUUAACUGUGAAGAUUUUAUUUUUAAAAAUUUAUCAUAUAACUUUUUCAGAUUAGUUUAUGUCAUAUUUUAUUUAAAUGACCCACAGAAUUUUUCAUUUCUGAUAAUAAAUAUCACAUUCUGGCACACA